AAUUACAUUAGUUAAAUACUUGAUAAAUAGUUUAUAUAAUACAUUUAUUUGGGCCUGGCGUCAAACAGCAGCACAGAAUCAUGGGAAUUGUAGUAUUACCAAUGUAGCUGUUCGCACGUGUUCUGGCACUACAGCGACUGAAAGCGUAGACAUGGCAUUCAGUUUCAACUUCGAUAUUCCUUUAAAUGCAGAGGAAACAACUGAUAAAGAAAGCACUAACGACAAGGCAAAAUAUGUGGAUCCUAAAUGCUCGGAAGCCAGCCCAACAGUCCAAAAAAAGAUGAAGAAUGCUCUUGAGCAUAAACCUUUGCUGGAUCCUCUGUCACAUCUUGAGAACUGGGUGUCCGAAACGAUCACCAUAGGGUCACUACCUCCUCUUCUGUGUCUCAAUGAAUCUGUGUUCGAGAGGACUGCAGCUGAACGAGAGGACACUGAGGAGAUACUAGCCAAGACAUUGACUGAAAACUCGGAUCUCAUCUCUGGAGUCUAUGAGGGUGGACUUAAGAUAUGGGAAUGCACAUACGAUCUUCUUGAGUACAUUGAUGAUGAGGGAGAAAUCUUCUCUGGGAAAAGGAUAUUAGACUUGGGUUGCGGAGCAGGGAUACUUGGCAUACUUGCAUUAAAGAGGGGAUCCGGCAAAGUUGACUUUCAGGAUUAUAACAGCACAGUGAUAGAGCAGCUAACAAUACCAAAUGUGUUUCUCAACUGUGAAAACGACAGUGAUGAUGGGGAGACGGGAGAGAAAAAUGGCAGCCCACCAACAAAGAAAAAAGCCCUGAAUGCAUCACAAAAAUCAUUGUUAGAUUGUUGUGGCUUCUUUUCGGGGGACUGGAACUCUUUUCUUGCACUUAUGAAAACAAAAAAUCCUUCACCAAAGUAUGAUAUUAUAUUCACGUCUGAAACCAUUUACAACACAGACUACUACUCAUCGCUUCAUGACGUAUUUUGUGAUCUGCUCGCGGAGAAUGGCAUUGUUUAUUUGGCAACCAAGAAUCACUAUUUUGGAGUAGGGGGUGGCCUUCAUAUGUUUCAGAAGUUUGUCGAACAGAAUAAUGUUUUUCAAAUUAAGCAUUUAAAAGAUGUAGAACAAGGUCUGAAGAGACAUAUUGUAUCAUUGACAUUCAAAAAAUGAACAUUGUAAUAUAGUGCAAUGAUGAUUAGAUCUAAUCCUCUCCAGGACAGUGGCCUUCAGUUUGGCAAUGGGAUGGAAUGAUGAAUGUUUUACUCGGCACUCAUUCUUGGGACAUAUAACAGCUUUUAAGUAGCUUUAAAGAUGAUUUCCGUGAAUGUUU